CAGGAGUGGAGAGGAUAGUAGACGGUGAGGCCUCAAGCCUGAUUGCAGAGCUAAGAGAGACUGAGAAGCAGAUAUUGGAAUAGUCUUCGAGACUGAAAGGGGAAGGGAAAGGGACGAGCUGAAAAGUGUUUGGAAGAAGGUUUCUAAGGCGCAAAUUAAGGUUCUUAGCUAUGAAUAGUGAUUAUUUCAAGCAGGACAUUGAUGAACUUAUAGGUGAAUUUUCUCAGGAUGAGUCAACAACUUUGGACGACAUGAAGAGAGUCUGGCUUUCUAAGAAGUUCUCCUACAUUUAUGAAGCUUCUCCUUCUACCAACCUUGCCUUCUUUAUGCAAUCUCUGUAUGCUCAUUGCAUAGGUUACAUGGUUGGUAGUGCUUCUUUAUCUCACAGAUUGGGUGGCCUUUAUUGCCUCUACUGUCUUUAUGAGACUCAACCAUUUAAACCUCCCUUUAAAGUCUAUCUAUCCGUUGGAGAGUUAGAGAAACUUAGAAUCCUUGUUGCUGAUGCAAAAGCAAACGAUAUUAAAGUGGUACCUGCUUUAGUGAAAAGAAUGCUCGAAAAAAACAUGUUCCUUUUCGGCUCUGUCGACUUAAUGGAUGAUUCUGUCACAGAGAAAGUAAACCGACUCCAACAAAUACAGAAUACCCGAAUUCAAGUUGCAUAUCAAAAGUUAUUUGAUAGCACUCCAAUUGAGCACUACGUCCACAUGGACCUUGGCGAGGAAGUUGACCUCAAUUUGCUGAAGAAAAUGUCAUCAGAAUAUGCUGAGGCCAAGGAUGUGGCUAUUAAAGAAGCAAGCAGCAUUAUAGAUGUCCAAAACAUAAAGCAUAUAUCAGAGGACAAGGAACUAAUAGGAGACGUCGUGGAGAAGAUUGCCAAUGAUUGGCAUGUCCAGAAGCAAACAUUUUAUAAACAAAUAGGUUUGGAGGAUGAUGAAGGAUAUGAGCAGGAGCUGGAACAAUUGCUUCUAGAGCAUCAUCCAGAUGAUGGACAGUCUAAUCAAGAUUGAAGACAAACAUCUGAGUCGUAGUUACUUAUGUAUAAGGAAUUCAUAAUAUUAAUAGAAUAAUAGCCGUGUUUGGAUAGUAGGGAAUUUUAAAGCAGCACUUCAUAAUAUUAAUAGUCCUGUCUUUUUUCUUUUUCUUUUCUUUCCC